CUUACGCUUUGGCAUAUCGGUGUCAAUUACAAUACGGAACCCCAUCCAUUGGCAGACCAACUUACCCUGGUGGCCGCCAAGUUAUCUGGGAAUCAUUUAUGAACAGAAACGUCCCAGCAGCAGUAAUUGAUACCAUGAUAUCAUCAAUUUCAGAAGCCACCAUUAAACAAUACAAUACCACCUACCGUCUUUGGUGGGAUUUCUGUGUGGUUAACAAUAUUCCGGUAUUUCAGGCAACCAACAAUGAUGUGCUCACAUUCUUACAAUACGUCUCAGAGAGACAUAAUUAUAGGUAUGGAGCCCUCAACGCCCACAGAUCGGCUCUCAGUCUCAUAUUACCCAAUAACCUCGGAACUGACCCUAUGGUAAAGAGAUAUAUGAAAGGCUUAUCUAGGCUGAAACCACCUAGGCCAAGAUAUACAAACACAUGGGAUCCACAAACGGUUCUUUCAUAUUUGGAAUCUUUACCUAGAGAUUUAAACUUACUGCAAAGUUCUCAAAAGUUAAGCACUUUGCUGGCUCUCAUCACAGGAGGAAGAUUACAGACGAUAUCUUUAAUUAGAAUAUCUAAUAUAACUGAGGAUAAUCAGGAGAUUCAAAUUAACAUCACGGACCAAAUCAAAACUUCGGCCAUUAAUAGGGAACAACCAACAUUACAUAUCCCCUUCUUCACAGAAAAACCAAACCUUUGUGUCGCUACAACCCUGAAGAAUUACAUCGAGCUUACCAGUAAAUUGAGAACCCCAGACCAAGAUUUUAUAUUUUUAACAGUUCGGAAACCACAUACUGUCGCUAAUAAACAGACUAUUAGCAGAUGGGUAAAACAAACGCUUUCCGCAGCAGGAGUGGACACUUCAAAAUUCAGACCACAUUCUACUAGGCACGCUUCAACAUCGGCGGCCCUGAGGCAUGGGGUGUCGUUGGAAACAAUUUGUAGAACAGCAGGAUGGAAUACUGCAACGACUUUUGGAAAAUUCUACAAUCGCCCCAUCUCGGACAGAACUAGUUUUGCGAAGGCGAUUCUUAAUUUGUCGACUGUCUCAAACUAA